AUGGGAAUGAAAGCCCGUUUGUAUUUCGUGCUCGCCGAGCGCUGCCGUGCAGGCUUGGGUCGUGCUCUUCCCUUGAGCUUCGUGCCGGGAGUGGGUCUGCUGCCACCCCCUCAGCUCGCCCGGUGGCUGCGGCGGUGGGCGAGGGGUGCGGGCACUGCGGCGGGGCCGGCCAGCCCGGGAAGGAUGACAUCACCUCCAGGAGCAUGUGAUGCAGCCGGCUGGCGCGGAGGGUUUCGCAAAAAUGAUGAGAUGAAGGCUAUGGAAGUAUUGCCAAUUUUAAAGGAAAAAGUUGCAUACCUUUCAGGUGGCAGAGAUAAGCGUGGAGGUCCCAUUCUAACGUUUCCAGCUCGUAGUAAUCAUGAUAGAAUACGGCAAGAAGACCUUAGAAGACUAAUUUCAUAUCUAGCGUGUAUUCCUAGUGAGGAAGUAUGUAAACGAGGAUUCACCGUCAUUGUAGAUAUGCGUGGGUCAAAAUGGGACUCCAUAAAGCCUCUGCUGAAGAUUUUACAGGAAUCCUUUCCAUGUUGUAUUCAUGUUGCACUGAUAAUCAAGCCAGACAAUUUCUGGCAGAAACAGAGGACUAACUUUGGCAGCUCUAAGUUUGAGUUUGAGACAAAUAUGGUGUCUCUGGAAGGCCUUACCAAAGUAGUUGAUCCUUCUCAGCUAACCCCAGAAUUUGAUGGCUGUUUGGAGUACAACCAUGAGGAGUGGAUAGAAAUCAGAGUUGCCUUUGAGGACUACAUUAGCAAUGCAACCCAUAUGCUGUCCAGGCUGGAGGAACUGCAAGAUAUAUUGUCAAAAAAGGAAAUGCCUCAGGACCUGGAAGGUGCUCGCAAUAUGAUAGAGGAGCAUUCACAAUUAAAGAAGAAAGUCAUUAAGGCCCCCAUCGAGGACCUUGAUGUGGAAGGACAAAAGCUGCUCCAGCGGAUACAGAGCAGCGAUAGCUUCCCCAAAAAGAACUCUGGGUCAGGGAAUGCAGACUUACAGAACCUUUUACCCAAAGUAUCCACCAUGCUGGACAGGCUGCACUCAACACGGCAGCAUCUGCAUCAGAUGUGGCAUGUGCGGAAAUUGAAAUUGGACCAAUGCUUUCAGCUCAGGCUGUUUGAGCAGGAUGCUGAAAAGAUGUUUGACUGGAUCACACACAACAAAGGUCUGUUUCUGAACAGCUACACAGAGAUUGGAACCAGUCACCCCCACGCGAUGGAGCUUCAGACACAGCACAAUCACUUUGCCAUGAACUGUAUGAAUGUGUACGUAAACAUAAACCGCAUCAUGUCGGUAGCAAAUCGCCUGGUCGAGUCUGGCCAUUAUGCUUCACAGCAAAUAAAACAGAUUGCAAGUCAGUUGGAGCAAGAAUGGAAGGCGUUUGCUGCAGCCUUGGAUGAACGUAGCACGUUACUGGAUAUGUCCUCCAUCUUCCAUCAGAAAGCUGAACAGUACAUGAGCAAUGUAGACUCAUGGUGUAAAGCCUGUGGUGAGGUGGAGCUUCCCUCAGAACUGCAAGAUUUAGAAGAUGCUAUCCAUCAUCAUCAAGGGAUAUAUGAGCAUAUUACCUUGGCUUACUCUGAGGUGAGCCAAGAUGGAAAGUCACUGCUUGACAAACUUCAGAGACCUCUGACUCCUGGGAGUUCUGAUUCCCUCACUGCUUCUGCCAACUACUCAAAAGCAGUUCAUCAUGUUCUGGAUGUCAUCCACGAAGUACUGCACCACCAGCGCCAACUGGAAAAUAUUUGGCAGCAUCGAAAGGUCCGCUUGCACCAGCGACUUCAACUGUGUGUUUUUCAACAGGAUGUUCAACAGGUAUUGGAUUGGAUUGAAAACCAUGGAGAAGCUUUUCUUAGCAAACAUACUGGAGUGGGAAAAUCCCUGCAUCGGGCUAGAGCUUUGCAGAAGCGCCAUGAAGACUUUGAAGAGGUUGCACAGAACACGUAUACCAAUGCAGAUAAGCUCCUAGAAGCAGCUGAACAGCUUGCUCAGACUGGGGAGUGUGACCCAGAGGAGAUUUAUCAAGCUGCCCAUCAGCUUGAAGACCGGAUACAGGAUUUUGUUAGGCGUGUGGAGCAACGCAAGAUCCUGCUGGACAUGUCUGUGUCCUUUCACACUCACGUUAAAGAG